AUGACCACCAAUCUCUACGUCUCUUCAUACAUUGGGACCAUCACCUCGCUCCAAUUGACUCGGCAUCCCGAUGCUUCUUAUUCCCUCACCCAAGUCGCUGUCAAUGACGGAUCGUACCCGAACCCCUCGUGGUUGACCAGAGACGAGCAUAACGGCGUGGUGUACUGUCUCGACGAAGGACUCACAGUCCUCGAUGGCUCUCUGGCAUCUUACAAGACCUCUGCAUCCGGCGUGCUCACCCAAAUCGACCGCCACAGCACGAUCAAUGGGCCCGUAAGCUCCGUCGUCUACAACGGCGGGAAGGCUCUCGCGGUAGCCCACUACACCGGCUCUGCCGUCACAUCUUGGGCCAUCCUUCCCUCAGGCGGUGUUCAACUCCUCCAAGAAUUCCCCUUCACCCUGUCCAAACCAGGCCCCGACCCCUCCCGACAAGAAGCCCCGCACCCUCACCAAGCCGUCGUCGACCCCACCGAUUCUUUCAUCGUCGUCCCCGACCUAGGCGCCGACCUCGUGCGUAUCUUCCGCAUCGACCACAGCACCAGCCUUCUCACCGAGCUCGUGCCCUUUAAGGCCUCGCUCGGCUCUGGCCCGCGUCACGGCGCCUUCCUAGCUUCUGGAGACGCGACCUAUUUCUUCCUCGUCUCGGAGCUGGGUAAUACCGUCACUUCAUAUAGAGUACUGUAUGGAUCUGAUUCAUUAUCAUUCGAGGAGUUAUCCUCUAGCGGUAUUUACGGGGAUAGGAAAACGCCCGAGGGCGCCGCUGCCGCUGCGGCUCUCUUGACUCCUGACGAUAAAUACCUCCUCACCUCCUCCCGCAACGCAACGCUCUUCCAGAUCCCAUCCUUCGAACCGGACUCGAGCACGCUGAUCCCGUCCGACACGCUACAGAGUUGGAAGAUCGACCACGGAACCGGGAGACUGGAAUUUCACCAGCUGGCGCCCGCGGGCGGGAGAUUCCCGAGACAGUUCUCUGUAAAUAGGGAUGGGACGCUGGCGGCGGUGGGGUUGCAGCAUGAUGGUCGAGUGGUGAUUGUGCAGAGGGAUGUUGAGAAUGGGACGUUUGGAAGGUUCGUCGCUGAGAUCGAUGUUCCGGGUAAUGUGACGUGUGUUAUUUGGGAUGAUUAA